GCAUACAGUCGACAGAUUAGAACAAAGGUGAAAGAACAAGUGAUGCAAGAGGGAGAGGGAGCAAAAAAGAGACGACAGGGAGAAAUCAAGGAUCCAUCGAUUUAGAUAUUGGACCUUUGUUUCAUAGAGACGGGAGAGAAAGCCAAAGAAGACGCUGUUAGCUGAGGAUCCAAAGGAUGGAUUAUGCCAUGAAGUCCCUCAGUCUCCUGUCCCCUGCCUCACUCUCCAAGUGUGUGACAGCCAGUGUAUCAGCCAGUGCCUCCAUGACCCAGCAGCUUCUUGUCGGGACUCCUCGACCUAAGCCCUUCCGGGUCACCAGUGCUGACCGCAGCGUUAAGAAGGGAAUCAUGGCUGAUGGGCUACGAGACCUACUCAACAAAGCCAUGGACUCUCUGCACGUGUCCUGCGUCAGUGCCGUGGUGCUGGAUGAAGACGGGACGGGGGUAGAUACGGAGGAGUUCUUCCUGACCCUGCAAGACAACGCUGUCCUCAUGGUCCUGGAAAAGGGGCAGAAGUGGACACUUCCACAGAACACUCAUCCCCGAAUUCAAAAUGAGCUCAAACACCAGCGCAGAAAAGAUGUGGCUAGAAUAACCUUUGACCUAUACAAGAACAACCCUCAGGAUUUCAUUGGCUGUCUGAAUGUGAAGGCCACGCUGUAUGGAACCUACUCUGUGUCCUACGAUGUGCGCUGCUACGCUGCCAAGAAGAUGCUGAAGGAGGCUCUGAGAUGGACCCUGUUCUCCAUGCAGGCUACAGGCCAUGUCCUCCUGGGCUCCUCCUGCUACAUUGAGCAGCUCCUGGAUGAGGAUGACCGGGCAGACCUGAGCCUGACACCACUGCCACAGGAUGGAAAGAUCAAACAACUACAGAGCAUCCUGAUGGGCAAGACGGCUGUGAUGGGCAAGACGGCUGUGAUGGGCAAGACGGCUGUGAUGGGCAAGACGGCUGUGAUGGGCAAGACUGCUGUGUGAUCUAUCUCAAUACUAUGAACAUGCAUCCUUCCCUUCUCCCUUCCUUGAAGUAAUCACCCAUCUAAAUCGAUUUUGCAGGUGAAAGGGAAUGCUAUACUGCAUAGCUUGCACCUGUCCAGUCAUGGCUGAUUUAGUAAUCACUUCAUGGAAAGAAAUAAUGGAUUGUCAGGAUAUUCAAACAGGGCUCUGCUCAGAGAGACACUCUAAAAGAGGCUGUUUGCUAAAAUUGACUGUUUGCUAUAAGGAAUGGGUACUGGCAAACUGCAGGACCAAUACCAUGGCACAGUGCUGCAUCACUCUGAUGUUAUGGUUACAGUGGCAGGUGCACACCUUUUGGUUAGUUCACUCCUCUCGGUUGACUUUAGGGGAAGCAAAAUGCUGUGUUGUCCUACAUUUUGGCUAUGAUCACUUGCACUUUGUUACAUUUGUCUGUCUAUAUGGUUUGCAACACUCCACAAGCGAAUGCACUUUUCUAUUGCAGUGACUGCUGCUGAUCUGUAUCUUCAACUGAUAGAAGGCACUUGGCUUUUUUUCAUAUUAAUAAGCAUGAAUAAAUCACAAGAAUAUUAA